GCCCCUCAAGACCACCGUCCCCCCGUCUACCACCAACUUUAUUCGUCAUGGGUCGCAUGCACAGCGGCGGAAAGGGCAUUUCGUCCUCUGCUCUCCCCUACAAGCGCUCCCCGCCCUCGUGGCUCAAGACAACUCCCGACGAAGUCGUCGAGCACAUCAUCAAGCUCGCCCGCAAGGGUCUCACCCCUUCCCAAAUCGGUGUUACCCUCCGUGACUCGCACGGCAUCCCCCAGGUCCGCUUUGUCACCGGUAACAAGAUCCUUCGUAUCCUCAAGUCGCAAGGAUUGGCACCAUCCAUCCCAGAGGACCUCUGGCACCUCGUCAAAAAGGCGGUCGCCGUCCGCAAGCACCUUGAGGUCAACCGCAAGGACAAGGACUCCAAGUUCCGCCUCAUUCUCAUCGAGUCCCGUAUCCACCGCCUUGCCCGCUACUACAAGACCAAGCAGCAGAUCCCCCCUACCUUCAAGUACGACUCUGCUACCGCUUCCACGCUCGUUGCAUGAGCGUAUUCAAAAUCGUCGGGGUAUCACUGUAUCUUACUUAUGCCAUGUCAUUAACACGCUUGCUAUGACAAUGCCGCAUGCCAUCCUAUGCUUGAC